AUGGACGCCUUCUCAGGAUACAACCAGAUCAGAAUGGCGCCCGAAGACCAAGAGCAUACGACCUUUCUCACCGAUCAAGGUGUAUGCUUUUAUAAGGUCAUGCCUUUCGGAUUGAAAAACGCUGGGGCUACAUACCAGAGAACAGUGAACAAGAUGUUCGCCCACCAGAUCGGGCGGAACAUGGAAGUUUACAUCGACGACAUGAUUGUAAAAAGCCAAGAGGCAGGAACUCACCUUGCCGAUCUGGCCGAGACAUUCACCACGCUACGGAAGUUCGACAUGCGACUCAACCCCGCGAAAUGUGCCUUCGGCGUCACCUCAGGAAAGUUCCUCGGGUUUAUCAUACAUGAAAGAGGAAUUGACACCAACCCGGAAAAGGUCCAGGCGGUCAUCAACAUGCAGUCACCUCGGACGAUCAAGGACCUGAAACGCCUCAACGGGAGACUCGUCGCCCUGUCUCGCUUCCUUGCCCGAUCGGGUGAUCGCUGCCUCCCCUUCUUCAAGGCGCUGAAGAACCCGAAGAAUUUUCAAUGGACGGCCGAAUUCAGUUCUGUUCUGGUCAAAGAAAAUUCCGACGAGCAGCUACCGGUCUACUACAUCAGCCAUGUCCUAAACGGGCUCGAGGAACGAUACCCACCGAUUGAGAAACUAGCGCUGGCACUUGUGCUAUCAGCCCGGAAGCUGCGCCCCUACUUCCAGGCCCACCCAGUGGAGGACGUCUCCUCAAAUGGGCCGGUGGAGCUCGGUGAGCAUGACGUACGAUACGUGCCAAGAACUGCCAUCAAAGCCCAGUCUGUGGCCGACUUCAUCGCAGAAUUGACCCAGAUUUGGGGCACGAAUCUCGAGCAACCUCCUGAAGUAUGGGUUCUGCAUGUGGAUGGAUCGGCCAACUCAAAGGGCACCGGCGCAGGGCUGGUGCUGCUAGCUCCCGACGGGCGCUCGUUCGAGCACUCCCUCCACUUCGGGUUCCAAGCCACUAACAACGAGGCGGAAUACGAGGCGCUCCUAGCAGGACUCAGGUUGGCCCUCGAAAUGCAAGUGGUCGCCAUACACGUCCUCACCGACUCGCAGCUGGUAGCCGAGCAACUCAGCAACGGAUACGAGGCUCAGGACCCAAUCAUGGCGAAGUAUCUGGCACAGGUAAAGAACCUGACCGCCAAGUUCCCUCAUUUUACAUUAUCUAAUGUCUCGAGGGGAGAGAACGAGCGAGCUGACGCGCUAGCUAAGCUAGCGUCGGAGCCAGCCUCCGAAGCCUGGCCCAAGGUCGAGGAGCUCCCUGCCCGGGCCAUUGAAAUCGCAGCUGCGGCCUCGGGCGGCACCCCAAUCACGUGGGCACAAGAAUUGCUAUGCUUCAAGCGGGACGGGACUCUUCCCCCCGACGAGGCUACGGCUCGGCGCCUGCGUCGUACACAUGCGUGGUAUUCUGAGGUGGGCAGACGGCUCUAUAAGCGAUCCUUCACAUACCCCCUCGUACGGUGCUUGGAGCCCGAUGAAGCUCGGACGGUUCUGGUUGAGGUCCACGAAGGGCUCUGUGGGGAGCACAUCGGCGGGUGA